GCAUGCCUAUCAUUAAAUUGCCAUCAAAUGGUAGAAUUGGUAGAAUCCAUUUCAUAUUGUGGUAAAAUUAUCAUUAUUACAACGAUAUAAGGUUAUUACAUAAUAUUAAUUAUUUUAAUAAUUAGUUUUCAUUGUUAUAAAUAUAAAUUAUAGUUCAUUAUUCAAUUUUCAUUGCUUAUCGCCCAUUGCUCAUUUGUUCCUGAACGUCGAACAUAAAAGUAUUUUGACACUCCGUAAUUUGUAAUUCAGUAACAAAGUACUUCCAAAUACACAAAACAUAUCAAUUACAUAAUUUCUACUGCGCCUUUAGUGAACGUAUAUAACUAAUUAAACCUAAUGGGUUCGCUUUCCAGCAGGAGAAUACCUUCACCAACUCAAGUAAUGGCUGCUACACAGUUUGUUAAAGAUGCUAUUGCGCAUGAUCCUAUUGUUAUAUUCUCAAAAUCAGACUGUGGCUACUGUCAGAUGGCUAAAGAAUGUUUCGAUAAGUUGAAAGCUUCUUACAAAUCUAUCGAUUUAGAUAAGAGACCAGACAUGGAUGAUAUUCAAGAUGCUUUAGAAGGAAUAACUGGUGCCCGUUCAGUGCCACGAGUUUUUGUAAAUGGUGUAUUUAUUGGUGGCGGCUCUGACGUAAGAAAGAUGUCUCAAAAUGGAAAGCUGGAAGAGCUCCUUAAAAAAUAACUUAAAUAAACAUAAUACUUGAAUUAUUAGAAACAUUUUAGUCCAAAUAAAUAUGUAUACCAUUUUCCAAGAAUAUUGUUUAUUUUCAAAGUAAUAAUUCAAUGUACUAAUAUAAAAAAUUGUAACUUAAA